AGAUGAAACGACAACUUGAGGAGGUACCUGAGGAUGAGUGCACACCAGAACUAAAAGAUCGUAUCUUUGUGGAGGUGAUGGGAGAAGAUGGACAUGGACGGAUGCGUACUUGGAGUUCGAGCAUGACAAAGCGAUGUUUGUAUCAGCAAUCUAAUCAGGCACCAUCAGAGGAGACCAUUAGGAGGAUUCGAGAUGAGCUUCGAACUGAGUUUGAUGAAAAGAUUUCCUACUUGGAGACACAACUCCAUCAGAUGCGUGCUCAGAUGGUGAGUGGAUCUUUUGCGCAUAGCCCAGUAGGUACUCCUCGUUCGGUGCCAUCCAGUAGUGGGCAGGUUCCAGAUGCAUCUAGUGCUCACCAAACACAUGCAUCGGAAAAUGAGAGAUUCACUCAGGUGCCUGAUGAGGUUUGUGAUGAUAUUCUUGUU